AUGCUGCCACCUCGCGCAAUGUACUUCCUAGGCUUGAAUGCCAUCCGCGUUCUCAGUCUAAUCUCCCUUAUCCUCGUCUUCUCGAGCACGAUCCUCGUUAUGGUCACGAACAUCAAGGCUGUUAACGCUUUUGAGGCGGCAAAGGGAACUGAUGCAGCGUCAUCGAUGGUGGACUGCGAUUACAUCGAAGGAAGCACAGUGCCCAACCAACCCGCUGGUGUCUUCUGGGCCGUCGUUUCCAGCCUCUUGAUCAUCUUCCAAACCAUCAUCCUAUUCCUCUCUGAAUGCAGCUGGCCAAUGGCUUUCUUUGACCGGUUCUUCCCCGUCCUCGGGACGCAAUUCGGUCUCGGAGCUCUCGGCAUCUUCCAAUGCCUCAUCUCGACCCAGAUCCUCUCGCACCACGUCGACGACUUCGCCCUCGUCUCUGCGUUUUUCCUCUUCGCCCUCGGGUGCCUCAACAUGCUCCUGGGCCUCAUCUUCCGCGAGUCCUCCAAGGCCAAGCGCUCCAUCACCUCCUGGCGCGCCGAGGCCAAGGGCAUCCUCCCCACCAGCCAGGACAAUCGACCGGUGUUUGUCAACGCUUCGCCCUACGUCUCGAAUGUAUUCCACCCCCACGAUGAGAAGGCACACACGUUUGCCCCGCAGAUGAUGAUGCGCACCGACAGCACGGCGAGCACAGGCAGCACCGAGAAGGCCGGGUUUGGCUUUGGACGCCAGGGCGAGAAGGCGGCGGGAUUGAGGGGGUUCAUCCUUCAGAAGCCUGAGGAGAGCCUGCCGAGGUACGCGAGCCCGACGCCUGUGCAUGCGCAGAAGGCGAGCCUCUCGAGAGCACCGUCGAGUGCGAGCUCAAGUUCGAGCUUCUACUCGCACGAGGCUCCGCCGGCGCGACCGAUGCCGGGGUACAGGCAGGAGUCGCGCCCCGCCUCACCAGCUGAGGGGACGCCUGCGUUCAAGUCGAGCCCUACCGCCCUUUAA